AUGUCGACCUUGAGCGAGCGUGUUGGAGUUCUGGAAGCCCUGGUGGGUGAACCAGCACGUGAAGGAGAGUCUCUUGCUGAGCAGGGAGCGCUACACUCAGAGGCUAUUGCUGAAUUGAAGCAGAUCACGCGCAAUCUGCAGAAGGAGUGCGCUGAGCGGUAUAAUGAGAUUCUUUCCCAAAUUCUGUCCCUUACAGACCGCAUGGAAGAGCGGGUUGCAACGCUUGAGGAGGACCUCAAGAUUGCCAAGAAAGCCAUAGCGCUAGCACCAAGUGGGGGUGAGAUGGUUGCGGGUCAGUCCAAACUGAAAGUUCCAGAGCCAAAGCCAUUCGGAGGGAGCCGUAACGCGAAGGAGCUGGAGAAUUUUCUGUGGGACAUGGACCAAUACUUCAAGGCCGCACGCGUGGCUGAGGGAGAGCAGGUAACCAUCACUGCUAUGUAUCUUGCAGGGGACGCCAAGCUUUGGUGGCGCACACGUAUGGAAGAUGACGCUAGUGCGGGCAGGCCAAAGAUUGAGUCAUGGGAAGUUCUGAAGCGGGAAUUGAAGGAGCAGUUCCUACCGCAAAAUUCAGCAUGGGUAGCAAGGGAGACGUUGAAGAAACUGAAGCACACGAGUUCCGUGCGGGAAUACGUGAAGGAGUUCAGUUCGUUGAUGCUGGACAUCAAGAACAUGAGCGAAGAAGACAAGCUAUUUAAUUUUGUUUCAGGGCUACAGCCCUGGGCACAGGCUGAGUUGAGGAGGCAGAAGGUGGCGGAUUUACCUUCAGCCGUAGCUGCCGCAGACGGCUUGGUGGACUACAAACUAGGGCCGUCGUCUUCGAACGCGGGUGAGAAGAAAAAGGGCAGAAGCGAGAGGAGGAGGUCUCCUCGAAAAUAUGGCAAAGAGGGCUGGAAGGACAGGAGGAAAAGAGAAGCAGAACCAUCAAAGCAGAGGGGUCCGGAUCCAACCCCGAGCAGACAAGGUGGCGGGUGCUUUCUUUGUGCUGGACCGCAUCGGGCUAGGGAUUGUCCAAAGCGGGAGCAACUGUCCGCUCUCAUUGCACAGGAGGAAAAGAGCACUGAAGAUGAGAACCCAAGGCUGAAUCCCAUACAGCUACUGAACGCCGUGACAGCCGAGCAACCAGCCGCGUGCAAGGGGUUAAUGUACGCGUGGGCGGAGGUGAACGGGCAGCAGGUGCGUGCAAUGCUGGACACGGGUGCCACGAAUAAUUUCUUGGCACAGCGCGUGGUGGGGAAGCUAGGAGUGACCAUGGAAAAGUGCUCAAGCAGAAUAAAGGCGGUAAAUUCCGCGUCUCAGCCAAUAUUGGGCACUGCCGCUUCACGGGUGAAGAUGGGUGCAUGGGAAGGCGAGUGCACGUUCAUGGCAGUACCCUUGGAUGACUUUGAUCUCAUCCUUGGCCUCGAUUUCUUUGUGAAGGCCAAAGCCGUUGCCAUGCCACAUCUAAAUGGGGUGAUGAUUAUGGAUGAGCAGCAGGCGUGUUUCGUCAAGGCGGAUGCAAACGUGAGGAGCGCAGAGCGCGUAGCGCUGCAGUCUGCCGCACAGGCGUGCGCGGGUCUGGAGCACGUAGCGCUGCAGUCUGCCGCACAGGUGUGUGCGGGUUUGAAGCGCGGAGAGGAGCUGGUGAUUGCGGCACUGGUGGAGAUCAAGGAGGAUCACACCAUGGACGUGCCAGAUUGCAUAGCAGAGGUGUUGGACCGAUACGCAGACGUGAUGCCCGCGGCGUUACCCAAGACGUUGCCGCCAAAGAGACGUAUAGACCACAAAAUUGAGCUGGAGCCAGGAGCAAGGCCGCCAGCACGCGCACCAUACAGAAUGGGGCCAAUGGAGUUGGAGGAGCUGAGGAAGCAACUAGACGAGCUGCUGGACGCUGGGUUCAUUCAGCCCUCAAAGGCACCAUAUGGAGCGCCGGUCCUUUUUCAGAGGAAGAAGGAUGGAACGCUGAGGAUGUGUGUGGAUUACCGGGCAUUGAACAAGGUAACCAUCAAAAAUAAAUACCCGAUACCGAACGUGGCUGACUUGUUUGACAGAUUAGCGAGGGCACGCUACUUUACAAAGCUGGAUUUGAGGUCCGGAUAUUGGCAAGUCAGGAUAGCAGUGGGAGACGAGGCUAAAACCACGAUGGUGACUAGGUAUGGGGCAUACGAGUUUUUGGUCAUGCCAUUCGGAUUGACCAACGCUCCUGCCACAUUCUGCAAUUUGAUGAAUGACGUCUUGUACGAGUGGUUAGACAGAUUUGUGGUGGUCUACCUAGACGACAUUGUCAUUUACAGUGAGUCCUUGGAGGAUCACGUGCGGCACUUGGACGAGGUGAUGGCUAGGUUGCGAGCGCACCAGCUGUACGUCAAGAAGGAGAAAUGCGAGUUUUGUAUGCAGGAAAUUAUGUUCCUUGGGCACAAGGUGAGCCAUGGACAGAUUCGGAUGGAUGAACGCAAGGUGACGGCGAUUGUGGAGUGGACUGCACCAACGAAGGUCAGCGAGUUGAGAUCAUUCCUCGGGUUGGCUAACUAUUAUCGAAGGUUCGUGAGGGAUUAUUCGAAGAUAGUGGCGCCGCUCACAGAUUUGUUGAAGAAGGACAAACCGUGGGGCUGGACAGAGGAGUGCGCACAGGCUUUCGCACGCGUGAAGCAGGCAGUCACCACAGAGCCAGUGUUGCGUUUGCCAGAUUUUACGCAGCCAUUCGAAGUGCAUACAGACGCGUCGGAUAGGGCGUUAAGGGGUGUGUUGGUGCAAGAGAAACAUCCCAUAGCAUUUGAAAGCCGCAAGCUGAAAGACGCAGAGCAGAGGUACAGCGCUCACGAGAAGGAGAUGACGGCGGUCAUCCAUUGCCUUGAGACGUGGAGGCAUUACUUGCUGGGAACUAAAUUCACUGUGGUGACCGACAACGUGGCGAACACAUACUUCAAAACGCAGAAGAAGUUGUCAGCAAAGCAAGCACGUUGGCAAGAGUUCCUAGCCGAGUACGACUUUGAGUGGGUGCACAGAGCAGGGAGCGAAAACAGAGUGGCAGACGCGUUGAGCCGCAAGGAGGUGCACGCGUAUGUAGCAGCGUUGACAGAGGUUCAGUCGGAUUUCCUCGGGAAAUUGCGGGUGCAAGCAGAGGAAGACGCAGAGUACGCACACUUGAGAGAACAAGUGGAGCAGGGUGUUGUGCGCAAGUAUUGGCUUGACAGGGGGCUGCUCUAUGCAAAAGGAGGCAGGCUGUACGUUCCCAAGAGCGGGGGACUAAGGCAAGGAUUAUUGAAGGAAACGCAUGAGCCACAAUGGGCAGGACAUCCAGGCGUGGAAAGGAUGGUGGCGCUGCUCAAGAGACACUAUUGUUGGCCAAGGCUGGAGGAAGACGUGGAGCUGUACGUACGCACGUGUUUGGUGUGUCAACUGGACAAGACCGAGCGGCAGAAGCAAGCGGGUCUGCUACAGCCACUUCCUAUACCCGAGAGGCCAUGGGAAUCGGUGUCUAUGGAUUUUGUGAGCGGGUUUCCGAAGGUGGACGGGAAAGGAUCUGUUUUGGUGGUAGUCAACAGAUUUUCCAAAUAUGCAGUGUUCAUUGCCGCCCCACAGACGUGCCAAGCGCAAACAGCAGCGGAAGGAUUAUGGAAAAUUUACACCAAGCUCAAGCAAAAGCUACAAGCAACAAUCUCAAUGACUAAGAACCCAAUGUUUCAUGGAAGAACAAAGCACAUUGAGCUUCAUCAUCACUUUAUUCAAGAUGUUGUGGCAGAAGGGUUGAUUGUGAUGAAGUACUGUUCAACAAAUGAUCAAAUGGCUGAUAGUUUUACUAAGGAACUUGGUUACUCCAAAUUUGUAGAGUUUCGAUCAUCACUUGGAGUUGUUGACUUUGCAUCAACGGGGGAUAUUAAAAAAUUGAUAAAAAGUUAA